UGUUUUCAUGUGUUUUUACUUCAUCCAAUUUUUAUAAUACUUAUUUUUACUUAAUUCAAACUAGAAUAGCCAAUUUACCAACAUAAACAGAUUGUUAAAGUAUGGGCCAAGGCAAAAGUCAAUUCACAGAAGAAGAGCUUCAGGAUUACGAGGAUCUCACUUACUUUACCAAAAAAGAAGUCUUAUAUGCACAUCAAAAGUUCAAAGCAUUAGCUCCGGAAAAGGUUGGACACAAUAAGAAUGCAAAACUCCCUAUGGCUAAAAUACUGCAGUACCCAGAACUGAGGGUCAAUCCAUUCCGAGACAGAAUCUGCAAAGUGUUCAGUUCCAGCAAUGAUGGGGACUGUACUUUUGAGGACUUUCUUGACAUGAUGUCGGUUUUCAGUGAGAAUGCUCCUAAGGCUGUUAAGGCUGAGCACGCUUUUAGAAUAUUUGAUUUUGAUGGUGAUGACAUGAUUGGUGUGUCGGAUCUGAGGGAAGUCAUAGAGAGAUUGUGUGGUCCCGAGUUGAAGCUGAGUGACUCUGAGCUGCAGCAGCUAGUGCAGAACGUGCUGGAGGAAGCUGAUUUAGAUGACGAUGGGGCUUUGUCUUUUGCUGAGUUUGAGCACAUUAUUGAUAAGAGCUCCGAUUUUUGCCACUCAUUCAGAAUAAGACUAUGAAGAAAGAAAAGUGAGAAGAAACAUAUACUGCAGAACAAACACAAAAUACACAAGCAAAAGCUGUAGAAUAAAUAAUAGGGCAUAAUCUUAAUUACUACACAAAUAUGUUUCUCAGUCCAGAAUCUCAUAAGAUUUAAUAUAAUUUUACAUAGUACAUACUAGUUUAUACAGUAAUGUUAUUAUUAUAAUCAAGUACAUUUACUAAUGGAGUCCUACGAGGAAGGGAAAGUUUUGCAAAGCUGGUCUAAGCCGGCACCGUUAAGAGGUUUCAAUUCAAAAACAAAUAAAACAUGCAACAAAUAAUUAAAACCAUAAUAUUCUAGGUAAAUUGUGUCUAUGUGUCUAUUACAGCUGUUGAAAUUUGAUAAUGCCUCGGCCACACAUGCACCUAUCUUCACAAAGCUUUGUGCUUUGAGAUGAUACAAUUGGACGAUACACACAGAAUGUCCAAUGGUAUCGUCUCAAGCACAACGCCGCAGCAUAAGGAGAUAAUUUCAAGUCCCUUUAAUAAUAGUUUAACUAUCAAAAUAUAUGUGUGACUCCCAUUAGGGUUUUGUUAACGUAAUUCUGUAUUUUUAUUUUAUUAGAAGUACAAUUGAUAUUGGAUAAGGUUAUAUUUAAAGAAGUUUAGAAACACAAUACACUAACACUGCCAAUAACUUUUUU